AUGGGUCAGCUUCCUACCACCCGAGUCUCGCCCAAUCGUCCUUUCGCACAUUCGGGCAUUGACUAUGCAGGACCAUUCGUGACAAAAACGUGGAAAGGGAAGAACGCACGCACUUAUAAAUCUUACAUCGCUGUAUUUGUCUGCUUCUCGACUUCUGCCGUGCACUUAGAAUUGGUCACGGAUUACACUGCUGAGGCUUUCAUUGCCGCGUAUAAGCAAUUUACGUCAAGAAGAGGAAUCUGUACAACGCUUUCAAGCGAUUGCGGAACCACACUCAAGGGAGCAGAUGCGGAAUUACGAAGAUUAUUCUCGCAAUCCACUAAGGAGUCAACCAACCUCGCCACGUUACUUGCAAAUGAUGGGACGCAGUGGAAGUUUAACCCUCCUUCCGCUCCGCACUUUGGAGGGAAGUGGGAAGCGGGGGUUAAAUCAGUGAAAUACCACCUUCAUCGAGUCGUAGGGGAUACUCUCCUAACUUAUGAAGAAAUGACUACCCUACUUUCACAAGUGGAAUCAGUCCUCAACUCAAGGCUUUUGUGCCCCCUCACAGAAGAUCCUGACGAUCUAAACGUACUUACACCUGGGCACUUCUUGCUGGGUAGUGCUCCAGUCAUUGUUCCGGAACCUUCAUUGGAAAUGGUUAAGUCAAGUCGAUUAUCGCGAUGGCAACUGGUGCGGCAGAAGCUUGAUUCGUUCUGGUCACAUUGGUCUAAGGAAUGUCUCCAGAGAUAUCUGUCAGUAUACAAAUGGAAUAGGGUGAGUAAAUCCCUCGAAAAAGGGACUUUAGUUCUGGUUGUUGAUGAGCGGUACCCGCCUUCAAAAUGGCCAUUGGGGCGCAUUAUCCAAACACACGCUGGUAAAGACGGUCGUACUCGAGUUGUCACGGUACAAACUCAAACCUCAGUUCUAAUACGACCCAUUGUUAAGGUUUGUCCUUUUCCAGGCAACCAGGACCAAGACACGCUGUAA